CACUGGCAUACCGUGAUUCGUUACGAUCUUCAUCGUCCUCUGAUUCGUACCGGACCUCAGUCAUCAGCGAAGUCACGAUACGACAAGUGCUAGUGCAGUGCGGACUAGCAGAGUCAUUUUUGAUUCUGUAACAGAUCGACUGGCUCUUCAAGAGGCCUCGACCUGAUCAAUCGCGAUUUUUAAUUUAUUUCAAAAAGAGGAAGAAAGAGAGAACCACCCGCGAGGGUGGUCGCGUGCCGGCUGACCAAACCGUCGUCGGACGAGCACGCGUGCCGGUGUUUUAGUGAAAGUGAUCCAAAAUACCCGGGAUAAUGAACUCGUACUUUGAGCAGACCGCGGGUGGCUUCUAUGGAAGCCACCAUCAUCAAACAGGAGCGGCAAGUCAGCAUCAUGAUCCAGCCACCGCAGCAGCGUAUCGAAGCUUUCCACUCGGAUUAGGUAUGUCGCCUUACGCUUCGGCGCAGCAUCAUCAUCACACAUCAUCCUCGUUAGGAAUACACCCAGGUGGUGGAAGCAAUACAAGACCACCUCAAGACUCGCCAUAUGACGCGAGCGUUGCGACGGCUUGCAAGCUUUAUUCGACGACACCUGAAGCAACUGGUCAUACUACAUCUUCAUAUUCAACAACAGCAACGAAAGACUGUAAGCAACAAGAUCAAACGUCGACCCAUCAAAAUGGUUAUGCUGCGGUGAUGGCAGCGGCAGCGGUCAAGGACGUUUGGCAGUCAGCGACCUCGGGAGCGAACAGCCAGAGUAAUUCGGUCGUACGUCCCUCUGCGUGUACUCCAGAGAGUACAAGGGUUAGUAGCUACGGUGGUCUCGUAGGCGGUGAUCCAGCAUCGAGUCCUGGUAACAACAGUUCGUCAAGAUCCCUCACGUCGUCUUGGAACACCUGCAGUUUAAACUCGUCCGCGAGUCAACCGGUCGCCACGCAACUACAUCAGCAACCUACCAGCAACCAUACCUUCUACCCCUGGAUGGCUAUAGCAGGGGCGAACGGAAUGCGCAGACGUGGCCGACAGACCUACACGCGCUACCAAACUCUGGAGCUGGAGAAGGAAUUCCACACGAACCAUUAUCUUACCAGGCGGAGGCGAAUCGAGAUGGCACACGCGCUCUGCCUGACAGAACGGCAAAUCAAGAUUUGGUUCCAGAAUCGGCGAAUGAAGUUGAAGAAGGAGAUUCAGGCGAUCAAGGAGCUAAACGAGCAGGAGAAGCAAGCGCAGGCGCAAAAGGCGGCAGCGGCAGCGGCGGCGGUUGCGCAUCAGCAGCAAGGAGGGGGUGGGGGACCAGAGGGGGGCAACUAG